GUAAGGGCGGAACUAUGGACCGAGCAACGCGAAAGGCAAAUUUAAAGAAACUGCAAUUACCCGGAACAACAGGCCUAAGUCAACGUAAAUCUCGACAAAAUGCCAAAACACAAUAUACAACAGCGAUUUCAGAUUAUUUUUUGUCCCCGCAACAACCUUCAAAGCAGUCAUCAGUUGAGUUGGAAGAGUCCAAUAAGGAACAUCCAGCAAAUAAUAGUGAGCAUAACACUGAGAUCAUACCCACCGAGGGGGAUUCAAAGAGACUGCGGCCAAAACGGGCAAAGUUGGAUGAAUUUGUUUUCAAACAGCCACAAACAAUCGAACCCGAUUCGACUAAGCAAAAGCCAAAAUGUCUAAAUGAUGACGAUUUCGAUUUGCCCGAAAAGAAGGCGAGAAAAGCUCCACAACCCAAAAAGACUGAAACGAGCAAAUCGGCCAAGGCAAAAUCAUCAAAAAAGAAAAAGCAAACCACCAUUAAAUCGGCUUUUCUACGCAACGAACAACUGUUUGCAGAGAUUGCAGCCCAACAUUGUGCUGCAGAUAACUUCGAUGGAGACGAUGUGCAAUUGGCCAUAGCCAUUUCUAAAUCUGAAGCUGAAAGCAAGGGUCUCAUGACUAAUGAUGUGGACGAUAUGCCAGUAGCCGAUAUAAAAGAGAGUGAAAAGAAUGCCGAGUCCAUAAAACAAAAAUUGGAGAAAUAUGGUUUUCGGACAGCAGAUAAAGAAGAUUACAGCGCAUUUACCACGGCCUUUAUGACCAAAUCAAAUAACCGUAGCAAAAAAUCCAAAUGGGCCAACAAAUUCACUGCCUUAACACUCAGAGAUGAAGAAGUGCAAAGAAAGAAAUUACAAGAACACAUAGAUGAUAUAUUAAAUAAACACUCGUGUUCAAGAUCAAUUGAAGAGGUCGAAAGUCAAGCACUCGUUUACCAUCCGCAAAGCAGACUGCUUAAAUCGUGCCAACAGAAAACAGAGACAAAUGUAUUACAUCUACCGGAGGUCUCAGAAGUUCCCCAUGAUAAGUUUUUUGUCAAUGAUCUAUUUGAAGUUAGCAAUUUAUCGGCUGGACAUUUACUUAAGAACUGGUCAGCUAUACAAGGAAGAGAUUUCACACCCAAGAAACAAGGUCCUUAUUCUCAAGGACUGGCAGCAAAAAUGCGUAAAAUUUAUAAAGAAUUAGAAGAGUAUUUUCAGUCCUUGAAUAAUUCUAGUGGCAUGGUUGAAUUAAAAGCGCUUGCAGCAAAUGAUAGAGUAACUGCCAUUGUGGAAGACCCAGAAAGUGUUGAGCUAAACGUGGACAAAUACUUCAAGUCCAUCAGCCUCCCGAAAGAAAUUGAGACAGCAGAAGACCCUGAAAGACUUGGAGAAAAUUCAAAUACGCUUGAAAUCAUGGCACUCAUGCCACCUAAUACAAUAUUAGAUUUAAUUAAUUCCAACAGUACUAUUAAAUCGAAUGGUGCCACAAUGGAGCAUAUAACGCAGAACACCGAAAAUUCAACUUCAAUUUUGAAAAAUUAUUGUCCUACUUCUCAAAUAAUCGCAAAUGAGCGUCAUGCAGGAAAUGAUUGCUUAAAAUCUUCUAACCAAUUGGAGACAUAUGAGACUAUUGUAUUGUCGGGUAGCUCUGCGACAUCAACAAACAGCAAAGAAGAAAAAAGCGCGCCGUCGUUCGAAAACACUUUAGGAAAAAAAGGAGCAAACUGUGAUAUAAGUUUAAAGAACUAUUCAAGCAACACAGCAAACUGCAUUAUAGAAAAAAACCCAUGCUUUAAAGACGUGUCUGCCACGCCCACACAAGGAGAAUCUACCAUUAACAACUCUACGCAAAAGAAUAGAUCUAAUUCACCGGAUUUAUUUGCCGAUUCAGAUGUUGAAAUGGAAGAAAGAAGUGAUGUAGAAGAAGUGUUUUCAGGUUCAAAUCAUUCCAACAAAAUCCAUAUAGAGGAAGGAAACAGAGUGAAAAGUGUGGCUGGAAUAACUACUUACGAAUUGUAUUCUAGCGACGAGGUUUGUUUAGUAAAGAAUGCGUUACCCUUGAAACUAUCUGACCAAUUGGGUCCUCAAGAAAACGAAACAAAACCCAACUCAGAACAAGAUGAAGAAGAAGAAAACACUUUUCGGUCCCACUCAUUAAAUCAUAGUAAAGCCAUAGUUGAGGUGGAUCUAUUCGCAGAUUCGCCUCUAAGUGAAGAAGAAAAAGAAGGUUUUAGCAUAAUAUCUGACAUCAAUAGUAAUUCACAAGCAUCGAAAUAUUUGGAAAACAAUUUAGAGGCCACGUUUAAAUUCUCCCUGGAUUCGUAUACAAAUGGUGAUACGAAUGAACAGAAAAGAAACUUCUAUACAUUUAGUUUAAGUAUAGAACCUGAGCAAAGGGAUGAAAAUGUUGCGAAAAACAACCAUUCCCCAUUUCAAAUCUCCGAUGAUCAACAAACCACACCAAAUGGAAGGACUAACAAUAAGGACCACUUUCCGUUGGAAUUUAAAGACCACGAGGACUGUGGGAGUUAUGAUGAUGUUCUUUUUGGUGAUGCUAUACAAAGUCAUAAAGAAAAGAGAACUUUGGUGCAAAGCUACACAGCUGUGGGCAAUAAAAAGAAGAAAAAGGAAGGAAAUCACACAUCAAUCGACGACAAAAAUGAAUGUAAAGAUUUUACCUUAAGCAUGCAAACUCUAAGACGUUGCAAUACAAAAAAUUUGGUCUCUAUGAGUCAAAAUAAGCCAUUUUCUUUAUCCCUAUUGGAAAGCAAUGACAGUGAGGAGGAGGAGGAGGAGGAUGUGUUAAGGGAAAUUGAGGUAAACCAAACUAAUUCAUCUUUUCUUAACUUUCAAGGAUCAAAUCAAUUACAAACAUGUUUUCAUCGUGAGACUGCCACAAUCAAAGAGCCACAAGCUGAUGCUGGCAAACCAGCUUUACGGGGAAAUGAUACUAUAUUCCAAGAAUUAUACAAUAAAUAUUUAGGAGGAAAAUCAUCGGAACAGAAUCGCAGUGGCUUAAAAUCCAAUGAGAAAACUUUUAGGAAGAGCUAUUCACAAAGACUACCCUCUCCGCAGGAGUUGUGUAAUGAGACUAGCUUUAGCAUGGAUUUGGCAGCUUUAGACUUCAGAAAAUCUGUGUCAUUCCAUAAUAAGCCUGCCGAAGAGAAAAGCAUUAACCACACAAAGGCAGGACAUUGCAAGUCUCAGUCGUUUACCAAUAUAAGCAUAGAUUUAACACAAGUGGCUGAUGACGAUGAUGGCGAAGCAGUAGCAGCAACUUCAAGACUUCCUAUAACUACUCCUACGCCGGGAAUAGAUAAUGAGAUUUGCUUUAAUAUGGACUUGCCAGCUAUAGAUAAUAGAAAAUCUUUAUCAUUCCAAAAUAAGUCUGCCGACGAGAAAAGCCUCUUCCCCACAAAAGCUCGUCUUUCCAAGUCCCAUUCGUUUAGCAUGCAAAACCUUAGUAUCGAUUUAACACAAGUUGCAGACGAUGAUGAUUGCGAUGCCGAAGCACCUGCAACAGGAGCAAUGGUCGUCGAAGAUGAUAAUUGUUUAGUUUUAUCAGAUGAUGAAAUAAAUUACUCCAUAUGGAAGGCUGAUAAAACGGAAAAUUUCAAAAAUUUCGAAGAAGAUGAAUCUGAAUCUGAAAACAUCAUGAGCUUGGAAAAUCCUAAUACAAAUUUCAUAAAUAAAGAGUCAACUAAUCUGAAAAGCAAAUGCAAUAACUUGGCUGGCUUUUCACCUUGUUCCUACAGUGAUUUUGAAGUAAAAUCUCCCAAGCUUAUAAGCCAACAACUUGAGCGAAGCCAUUUUGGUAUAUUGGAGGAGUUUUCGGAGCCCUACAGUGAUUAUGAGCUAAAAUCUCCCAAAAUUAAUAGUCAAAAGCUAGAGCGAAGCCAUUUUGGCAUAAUGGAUGAGCAAUCGCAGCCCAUAGAUUUUAUUCCAAGCCUUUAUGCAACAACCACCAACAUUCUCGAGGAGGCUUCAUUUCUUCAGUCACCUUCGGAGCUCAUGGCUCCUAUGAUGAAGCGUUACAGCAAUGCCAACAAAUCCACAAACAAAUUUAAAGAUCUUUUGUCUGACAUUAAGGAUGUUGAUGCAGAAAACCACACCAAUUUAGAUGAUUAUGAUGAAUUUGAUCGCAUGUUAUAUCAAAAUCAGCUAAACAAAGCUACAACUUCUCUUACUGCUGGUCUACCCCAAGGGUUUGAUCGACUAAUGACAGCCGAAAUAAGUUUAAACGAAUCUCAAGAAACCUCAAAACCCACUAGUCAAGGUUCAUCUGUAGAAAUCAUAGAAGAAAAUAUUUCAUCUUCCUACAAACCUUCUGCAUUCGACUCAAGUGAUUCCCAAUUACAGGAGGUAAAUAUUAACAACAAAAUCUAUACCAUAUGUAAUGCCACAGUGCCCAAACCGAAUUAUGCCCUUUAUACAGAGGCAGAGUUAUUAAAAGAAUUAUAUAAUUAUGGCAUAAAGCCACUCAAACGUAAACAGGCUGUUAAAAUGCUCGAGUAUAUAUAUAUUCAAACACAUCCUAUUAUAGUCGAUGAUGAUGAAAUGCCUAAAAAACCUACCAAUAGCAAUGAACCAUUUGCGGUGCCUUCCUCCUCGAAGUGUGGUGUUAAAAUAAAAAAUACCAUAUCCGCAAGCUCUUGUUUGGCUUUAUCCACAUUGGAUGUUAAUAAGGAGUGCGGUGGCAGCAAGUUAAAUCUCAGAGAUGGUUGUGGCUCUGACAUGCUGCGGCAUUCAUGCGAUCUUAAGGCUGAACUUUGCAAUGAGCAAUAUAUACUGCAGACGAAUGUGACAAAGAAGACACCGCAACCCUUGAUGCCCUUUCACAUAGCGUGGUACAAUUUGGUUUGCUGCAAUCGUAGUCUACAUGAGAGCAUUCUUAUGUAUGAGCCAAUUGACUUGCAAGAAAUAUAUUUAUUUCUUAAAAGUCUGGGUUAUCGUUACGAUCCAAAGGAUCUCAAACAAUUUUUCGAUCGUCGCUGUAUAAUCUUUCGUUAUGAUCUGGCAAGUGCUGGCGGUGGCGAUAAAAAGGAAAAUAACAAAAAUCGUCACACACGUAAGAAUAAAAAGGCUGGCCACAAAGCACCAAUUUUCAUUAGUAUUCCCUAAGUCCUUGGUUUGUAGAUACGCAUGCUCAUACGUUUACCAUUUGGUAUUUAGAAAAUAAGUGUAAAUAAAACUGAAUUAUUUUAUGUUUAUUUUUUUGCUCGAGUUAUUUAUAUAUAUCAAUGUUGUAUUUCAAUUUAUAUUAAGCAUUUAUUUUUAUGGAGAAAUUUUUAUUAAAACAAAUUUAUAUAGAGCAAAAACUAAAAUGAAACAAUAAAAAAACAAUUUUGUUUUAGUUUUUCAUAAACAAUGUUAAAAAUUUA